CCUUGUUCACCUUACCACCAUAUACUUCAUAACUCCACCAUGCGUGUGAGUACCAAAGAUCUUCCUGAGGCGUACAGGCCCAGCGCUACUAAGGAACAAGCCCAACAGGCCAAGCCCUUCGAGGACCUUCCGAUAAUCCUUCGUCCGCACGCGCAUCUUCCCUUCCCUCCACGCAUGCAUUGGGGCUAUGCUAUACCAAUCGAAUCACUCCUUGACAUCGCAGUCGAGAAGAUGGGUUACAAGAUACCCGAUAUUCCAGAAUCGGAGCUGCUACCCGGAUGUCCUCCUUACAACGAUCUCUUCGUCUCGAAUCUUGCUAUGAUUUUCCUGGAAAAUCACGUCGAGCACGACAUGCAGCUUGAUUAUCAAAUCGUUUUUUGUGAAGGGGAGAUCACCUAUGUUAUUUCAAUUUGCAGUAGCUGGGAGCACUGUCCGAAGGCCUUGGACACUGCGAAGAGAUUAGCAGAUUACUUUGGCAUGACGGAAUCUCCAAAAUGGUACCUUGACUACCAUUUGUGGCACUGGAGGUACGAUGUUUAGGGCUUAAGGACUGGUUUCAAACAGCUUCCGCUGUUUUUGUUUUGUUUUCUGCAUCGUACAGUAGUCGCUACGCUGUCAUAACAUUCUCAUAUCGUGUCCACCUCUGAUACCAAUCUACGCGCGGUGCAGGCGAUUUAAGAAGUAGACCAACGACUAAGUUUACAUGGGGCGUGAUGAAGAUGAAACAUGUGCACGGUGAAAUCUCUGCACAUUGGUAUAAGUAGUAAGCGGAUAUGUAAACAUGAUGGA